GACACAGCCCUAAGCAAGAACCAAAGGUGGUGGGUUGGAGAUUCUGAGCAUUCAAGAUGCAGCCAGACAUGUCCUUGGACAAUAUUAAAAUGGCAUCCGAUGACCUGCUGGAGAGGAAAGACCUAGACAGCGGAGGCUUCGGGAAGGUGUCCUUGUGUUUCCACAGAACCCAUGGAUUUGUCAUCCUGAAAAAAGUAUACACGGGACCCAACCGUGCUGAGUACAAUGAAGCUCUCUUGGAAGAGGGGAAGAUGAUGCACAGACUGAGACACGAACGAGUGGUGAAGCUACUAGGCAUCAUCAUAGAGGAGGGGAAUUACUCGCUGGUGAUGGAGUACAUGGAGCAGGGCAACCUGAUGCACGUGCUGAAGACCAAGGAAAGUGUCCCACUUUCUGUGAAAGGAAGGAUAAUCGUGGAGAUCAUAGAAGGCAUGCACUACUUACAUGACGAAGGUGUGAUACACAAGGACCUGAAGCCUGAAAAUAUCCUCGUUGACCGUGACUUUCACAUUAAGAUAGCCGAUCUUGGUGUGGCUUCCUUUAAGACAUGGAGCAAACUGACUAAGGAGGAACACAACAAGCAGAGGGAAGCCAGCAGCAUCACCAAGAAGAACGGAGGCACCCUCUACUACAUGGCACCGGAACACCUGACUGACAUCAACGCAAAGCCCACAGAGAAGUCAGAUGUGUACAGCUUCGGCAUUGUGCUUUGGGCAAUAUUUGCUAAUAAGGAGCCCUAUGAGAAUGUCAUCUGUACUGAGCAGUUCUUGGUCUGCAUAAACUCUGGGAACAGGCCAAAUGUGGAGGACAUCCUUGAGUUCUGUCCAAGGGAGAUCAUCAGCCUCAUGGAGCGGUGUUGGCAGACCAACCCAGAAGACAGGCCAACAUUUUUUGGCAUUGAAGAAGAAUUUAAGCCUUUUUACUUAAGUCAAUUUGAAGAAUAUGUAGAAGAGGAUGUGGCAAGUUUAAAGAAAGAAUAUCCAAGUCAAAGCCCAGUUUUGAAGAGAAUGUUUUCUCUGCAGCAUGACUGUGUGCCCUUACCUCCAAGCAGGUCAAAUUCAGAACAACCCGGUUCGCUGCACAGUUCCCAGGGACUCCCGGUGGGACCUGUGGAGGAGUCCUGGUUUUCUUCCUCCCCAGAGUACCCACAGGAAGAGAAUGAGCGCAGUGUGCAGGCUAAACUGCAAGAAGAAGCCAGCUAUCAUGCUUUUGGAAUAUUUGCAGAAAAACAGACAAAAUCACAGCCAAGGCCGAAUGAGGCUUACAACAGAGAGGAGGAAAGGAAGCGAAGGGUCUCCCAUGACCCCUUUGCACAGCAGAGAGUUCAUGAGAAUGUUAAGAGUGCAGGAGCAAAAGGUCUUCCUUAUCCCAGCACAACCAGUCAUGGAAAUGCAGCGCACCAGCUGUCAGGGCCAGCCAGCCAAACCAAAGUGCCACUUUGGAACAACGGAGUAUAUAAUCAUCAUGGGUUUGGAGCUACAGGUACAGGAGUUUGGUAUGGGCCAAGUAUAAGCCAACCAUAUAAUGCUUAUAAAACUCCAGUGCCUGAGACCAACCUACCAGGAAGCAUACCCACCAUGCCAUACAUCUCCUUGGCACCACCAGAUGACUCCAUAAGAUGUACUAUAUACAAUAGUUCUCGUGUUCAGAUUGGAAACUACAACUAUAUGGAUCUUGGACUGAGUUCACAACCACCAACCAACACUUGCAAAGUAGAGUCAACUUCCAGGCACCAAGCCAUCUUUGCUAACACCACUAGCCUGACUGAUAAACACCUGAACCCCAUCAGGGAAAACAUGGGAAAGCAGUGGAAAAACUGUGCCCGAAAGCUGGGCUUCACUGAGUCUCAGAUCGACGAAAUCGACCAUGACUAUGAAAGAGAUGGACUGAAAGAGAAAGUUUACCAAAUGCUUCAGAAGUGGCUGAUGCGGGAAGGCACCAAGGGAGCCACGGUGGGAAAGCUGGCCCAGGCUCUUCACCAGUGUUGCAGGACAGACCUGCUGAACCAGCUGAUUCAGGCCAGCCAGAGUUAGGCCUGGGCAGGCUCUGGCAGUGGAAACCUAACUGUUCAUCUGGUGCACAAACCCCUCUUGCCCCCUAGCCUUCAGUACAAGCUCUGCAUCUGAGCGCACAGUGUGAAUGGGAAGAGAGAUCUGAAGCCCACAGCGAUUCUUCUGAAAGUACAAGCAUGCAGACUGCUGAGCGGUCCAGGACCAGUAAGAGAUAAAAAUAAAAAGAAUGGUCUAUUGGGUUUUGAAAGGGAGAGGAGAUGUUGGGGGAGAAAGACGGUCUUCGUUGCGCUUGUGUCAUAGUCUCCACUUAGGUGUUUUUCUCAGUUUCCCGUGCUUUCAGUGGGUAAGGGGGAGACAAACAAGCAAAAAACAUUUAAAGGAUGUAAAAUCAGCUAGCUUCCCACUUCAUGUACUGCGAGUACAGUAAAGUUCUGCUCCAAUGUCUUAUAUGAGGCACAACUCUUCUAAAAAUCAUAAAAAUCAUGCUGUUAAUUUUAGCAUCCAAUGCUGUACUGUCACCUUAAGCUUUAAGAAUCAUGUCCAAUUCUAGUCUAUGAAAUUGUCAAUUAAUGAGGAAUUUUUAAGGAGUGCUAAAGAGAAAAAAGUCCAGGGCAGCGAGAGAUCUUCAGGUACCGGCGGUCAUCACAGAACUGCCGCCGUUUGUGACUACUGUAAAAAAGCGACUUUACGUUUCUAAAGUUCUCCUACCGUUCUCGUGCUUCAUGCAGUUUCCCAGCCUGUGCACCCCACAGAGGGAACAGAUGUGCAGGAAACACUGAUCAGGAAAUACCAUCUCUUCCUUCCUGGAUAUGACUGGCACCGUAGCACUGCUCACUGCUCAAUAAACUCUCUCGGCAGUUUACUCCAGUGUACUGUAGAAAUACGUUUCUUCCGUGAGCCACGAAUUAAAACGGACAGCUUCACGGUCUGCUUCCUGUGCCUUUGGGAAGCCCAUAUGCAACCUAAAAGUGAGUGAAGAAGCUGGGGUAGAAGACCGAAGCCACUUAAGCCCAAGUGCAGUCACUGCUGGCACCUGCUGGUCACAGCCCGUGCAGUGAAUCCCCUCCAACUUCAGCAGAUAGAGCACUGCCAGGAUGAGCUGCAAAGCCGCUUUGGCCUUGUUGGCCAUUCUGGCACUAGUUGGCACUUCAUCCUCCUUGUUGGGCUAUCCUGUACUUGGUACAGGACACUUGGGAGCAUUCCUGGCCUCUGUCCACAAGAUGCCAAAAGUACAAGUCAACCACACCCUACAGGUGUGACAAAAAUAACUAGACAUUGCUACAUGUUCUUGGGAGGGACUCCCCUGAAACGUUAUACCCCAUCCCACCAGACAAGGUUUCUCGGUUCUAGCUGUCCUGGAACUCACUCUGUAGACCAGGUUGGUUUCCAACUCAGAGAUCCACCUGCCUCUGCCUCUUGAGUUCUGGGAUUAAAGGCCUGUGCUGCCGCCACCCACCCAGCUUUCCGCUGUAAGUUUGUAUGACUUAGUUCUCCUGUCACACGGGCCAGGGUCAUUUUUAACUGCAUAGAACAUACACAGUGGAAGAGAAUUGGAAUAGGGAAAGUUCCAGGCUUUCCUGAAGGAGCCUGAGUAGUCUUUAAAUGUUUUCCUCUUAACCUCUGUUCUAAUGCUGUUUUAAGAAGAUGGAACUAAGAAUACUUUCUGUGAAGUUUUAAGGGGAAAAAAGUAGCCAUGGAGGCCAGAGCUGGUUUUGGAAUUGCAGUAGCAAUCGGGGUCCUAACAAUAAAAUCACGUCUGUGGUGUUCAGACAGGGAAGUGUGUUGGUGUCUCCUGUGCAUUCCCCCUUUGCUGAAGAUAGGUGCUUCAGGUCCAGGCCCAGACUGAGCACAGACUUUCAGAUCUUUUCCAUACUCAUCACUGACAGCCUGUGUGAGUUGAAGGAUGGCCAGCAGAUGAAGCCAUGUACUCUCACGGUGUGCUGGCCAGCCCCUUGUACAAGAUCUGGACCCAUGUCACAAAGCCAGUCAUUGACAGGGACCUUUAAGUACUCCCAUUUGCAUCCACUACCAUGAUAACUGGUGACUUUGUACUCAGUGGUACCUGCCCCAAACAAGUCCCCCUGGGAGCCCAGCAUGGAGUCAGAACACCUCUUUAAAGCCACUUCCUAAGCUGUGUCUGAGGUACAAUAUAUAUGUAUGUAUGUAUAUAUGUAUAUGUAUAUACAUAUAUAUUUGUACUUUAAAUACAGGCUAUUGAAUAAAGUUUGUAAGAAUAUA